AUGUCUCUCCAAGGCGAACUCACAACGUUUCCCUGCAACAACUUCAUCUACCCCAUCUUCACCUCUGGCGACCUCGCCUCCGAGAGGGCGGUGCUCUUCAUUGGCGGUCUGACGAAUGGGAUUGGGGGGGUGGCUUUUACUUAUCCGCUUAGUGAGGCCCUCAAGGGCGCGGGGUGGAGACUGCAAGUGCUUUCCCUCAGUGUCUUCGUCCAGUUUCACUGGAGCUCGGCCUUUGGCGGGUAUGGCACAGGAAGCUUGGACCGUGACCGAGAAGAGAUGCAAACUAUCGUCAAGCACCUCAAAUCCAAGGAGCUGAUGAGGUCAAUAGGCGUCAAGACAGUCGUGAUCAUGGGCCACUCUACCGGCUCCCAAAACGUCAUGCACUACCUCUCCUCCCCCUCCAACGCGGACCCCUCGGCCGAUAUCCACGUCGUCGGCGGUAUCAUGCAAGCUUCCGUAUCCGACCGUGAAUUCUGCAAGGACUACAAGCACUACAACGACACCCUUCCUCUCGCUCAGCAAUGGAUCAAAGAAGGCCGCGGGGAUGAUAUCUUGCCAAAGGCGUUUUGUGACAAGGCAGGGUUUGGGGAUGUACCGAUGUUGAUGAGUGCUUAUCGCCUUCAUUCUCUUAUCGGUAUCGGAGGCGACGACGACUACUUUUCCGCCGACAUCCCCUCCGACCCCACUCCUCCCUUCACGCACUCCCUCUCCUCCUCCUUCGGCGCCCUCACCACCCCCGCCCUCGCUCUCUACGCCGAAGGCGACGCCAAAUACCAGGUCGCCCAUCCUACUGAGCUUUUGCCGAAAUGGGCCGAGGCUGCAAAGGGGAAGCUGCAGUGGAGGAUUUUGGGGGGGGCGAGCCAUGGGGUGGAGGAGCAGGGUCCGCAGGGGGUGCUUUGUGAGGAGGUGUUGAAGUUUGUCAAGCAGUUUGAGUAA